AUGGCUCUUCACUUUGCUUUUGAUGAUGGCAUUGCACCGAUAAACUCUACUGUUGUCGCCAUCGAUAAAGACAAGAAUAGCCACUAUGCUGUUCGAUGGACAAUUGAUCAUCUCUUAAUCAACAAUCCACAAAUUAUUCUGAUUCAUGUUAGACAUAAAUACUUGCAACAUCAGGGUUACAAUGCUGGUGAGGGUGGGGGUGAGUCUGAAACUGAUGCACAACAACUUUUCAUUGCAUAUCGAGGGUAUUGUGCUCGCAAAGCGAUUCAACUGAAAGAGAUUGUUCUUGAUGAUGUUGAUGUGUCUCGAGCCAUUAUAGACUACAUCACCAGGAACCGCAUCAAGAAUAUCGUUGUGGGAGCGUCAACCAAGAAUGCCCUUACAAGGAAGUUUAGGAACUAUGAUGUGUCAACCAGCAUAACGAAAUCUGCACCAGACUUCUGUUCUGUAUAUGUCAUUUCAAAAGGGAAGGUGGUCUCGGUCCGGUCGGCGCAAAGGCCAGUGGUUAACACUGCAGUCCCACCAAAGCUGCCAUCUCCUAGAGGACUUCCCCCUCAAGCUCUACCUGAUAACCCAGAGCUUGAAGAUGUAGCCAGAAUUCAAUCUUUGAAGGGGUGGAGAAAUGUAGGAUCAGAGAGGGUUACCUUUGAAAGGACCAACAACAACAUGAGGGUGCCAAGAGCCAGGAGUGCCCCAACCAAUCUCUCCAUUGAUAAUAUUGAUUUGCAAAGGCCUUCAACUAGUCGGGAUUCUGUUUCGGAUGAUCUUGAUUUCUCGACCCCAAUUAGGUUUGCAUCAGUUGAUUUGAGUAGCCAGGACAUGGAUUUCUCCAUUACGUCAGACUCAGGCAGAGACUCCCUCACCCCAACAUCUGCAAAAGAAUUAGCUGCUGAGAUGAAAAGAUUAAAGCUUGAACUGAAGCAAACCAUGGACAUGUACAGCACAGCUUGCAAAGAAGCAAUAACAGCUAAACAGAAGGCUAAAGAGCUUCAUCAAUGGAGGAUGGAGGAGGCUAGGAGAUUUAAGGAAGCCAGGCUUUCUGAGGAGGCAGCACUUGCCAUGGCAGAGAUGGAGAAGGCAAGGUGCAAAGCUGCCAUAGAAGCAGCUGAGGUAGCACAGAAACUAGCUGAGAAGGAAGCACAAAGAAGAAGGUAUGCAGAGUUGAAGGCUUCAAGGGAGGCGGAAGAGAAGGCACGGGCAUUGACUGCUUUGGCUCAUAAUGAUGUCCGCUAUAGGAAAUACGCCAUAGAAGAGAUUGAAGUAGCCACUGAGAAAUUCUCUCAGGCCAUGAAAAUUGGGGAAGGUGGAUAUGGCCCAGUUUAUAGAGGCAAACUUGAUCAUACCCCUGUUGCCAUCAAAGUUUUGAGACCUGAUGCUGCACAAGGGAUGAGGCAAUUCCAACAGGAGAUUGAGGUUCUAAGCUGCAUGAGACAUCCAAACAUGGUUCUUCUCCUAGGUGCCUGUCCUGAGUAUGGAUGCCUGGUAUAUGAAUACAUGAGCAAUGGCAGCUUGGAAGAUCGGCUUUUGAGAAGAGGUGACACCCCAUCAAUUCCAUGGAGAAUGAGAUUCAAAAUAGCAGCAGAGAUUGCCACUGCACUUCUAUUCCUCCACCAGGCAAAGCCAGAGCCUUUUGUGCACAGAGACCUAAAGCCAGCCAACAUCCUCCUAGAUCGAAACUAUGUGAGCAAAAUCAGCGAUGUUGGCCUAGCCAGGUUAGUUCCUCCUUCUGUGGCUGAUAGUGUGACACAAUACCACAUGACUUCAGCUGCAGGGACAUUUUGUUACAUUGAUCCAGAGUAUCAACAAACAGGUAUGCUAGGGACUAAAUCUGAUGUAUACUCUAUGGGCAUAAUGCUUCUCCAAAUUAUCACUGCCAAGCCCCCAAUGGGCCUUACUCACCAUGUUAGAAGGGCCAUUGAGAAAGGGACAUUCGCGGAUAUGCUUGAUCAGACAGUUCCUGACUGGCCGGUUGAAGAGGCGCUGGCUUUUGCCAACCUAGCACUAAAAUGUUCUGAGCUGAGGAAAAAGGACAGGCCUGAUCUUGGUUCUGUUGUAUUGCCAGAGCUUAACCGGUUGAGUGGCUUUGGCAUGGACAGUUCUGGACCAGAUAACAGUAGUAACAUGUUUAAUGGCUAUGCGUCGUAUACUCACAGAUCCGGUUCACAUCCAAGGCUCUCAAGUACUGCAAGCCAGGACUAAGAGAGGGCAAAUCUGAUCUGGGAACUGAUCGAUUGGCCUAAUCCCAAAUGAAGAUCGCUGUGGUUGAAGUUCAAGACCUACCAAUGGAGUACUGGGGGGACCAAAAUUAACCAUAGAAAAAGGAAAUGGAUCCUGAUGUUAUAGAGAAAUGUACAUCUCCAUCUUCAAUUCAGUUCUCAACAAAAGUGGAUCCUGGAACUAAUAUUGGAAAAAAAUUUCAUUGUUAUCGCUGUUAUACAGCAUAAAAGCCUAGGGUUUCUGUUGAUUAAGAUUAUUCAUUUCUCAAAAUGAUGAAGAACCAACUGCCAUAAUAACUGUCCAAUUGAUAUGAAUGAGCUGCAUGGUUCACUGUAUGAACACAGGCCACCAAAAUCAACAUUUACGGUCUUCUCAUAAUUGUGUUUCAGCAUGAUUUUGGUUACAAUGUCAAAGAUGGAGAUGGACCAAGAAAAUGGCCUUGGCCCACCCUCAAUCCCCAUCAAACUCCACCAUACACACAGAGAGAGGCCAGAAAAGGAGUACUCAGAGGCAGGCUAUUGAAAUCAAAUCUCUCACAGUACGAACUAUGAAUGAAAAAAAUUUGCUACCCAACGGUGAAGCACAAGCUGAGUGUAAAACCAUGAUAUGGGAUUGGAUUAUUGGGAUGAUUAAUGCAAGAAAGAACCCUAUGGAACCCACAGAAGGACAGGGGAUUCUUAACUGGAUUCAGAGAGGUCAUUCACAAGCCCACCCAGAGAAGAAAAGCAUAAAUUAAUCAAGAAGAAAGCAUAAAGUACUCAUGUGAUACUGUGAAGACAGGAUUGAUGCCUAUAAAGGUGGAUUAUGUUUGGAGAAAGGCACAAGAAAAAGGAAUGGUAUUGCCUGCAGAGUCCCUCACCCUAGGAUUCCCCCCCUCCCCAUGGGCCCCUCCCCAUGGAAACCAAAAGAAUUCAGUCAUAAACACACCAUUCUCCAACGCGAUAAAAAGGGUAUUAGCAUAGUCAAUUUAACGCGUAAACCCGGCCUCAUUGUCCCCCAUGAUUAACAAUAAUACAAAAAUUAGAGGCCUAUGACACUAAUAAGCACUGUUUUCGAAUUAAAUAACAGAUCUUGGUGUCACCCAUUGUCCCAAAAUCAAUAGAGGAUCUCACCAACUCCCCAUGACUUCAUGGUUGGAUCUUGUGGGCUAUGCCCAUCCACACAUGUACCUAUUACCACCGAAAGCAAAUUGUACCUUGAAUCUUCUCCUAUUCAAACAAAGCAAAGGAUCUUAGUAUAUAAAAUUUGAAGACAACUGAUUUAAGCCCAGAAUUACAGAAUGAUAAAUGGCCCUUCUGAUGGCUUUGAAUUGGUGCUUUGAGUGUCAAAAUCAGUAGUCUUUGGGCAUGGUAGAUGACCCUUCAAGCUUCAGAGAUUAAAGAAAGAAAGGGGUGAAAGUAACUGUCCUCCUUUACAGCAAACAUCACACUUCAGAAAAAGAAGCAUCUAGAUCACUCUUUUUAAAGGAAGGGUAAAGGCAUCUAUUGGGGCCAUUGCCUUGGCUGAUGAUCAGUCACUAUGAAGUCACAAUGCAGAUAAGAAUGACUGGUUUCUGAGUCAAGCCCUCAAGCCCAGAAUACAUCAACUUGGUUUUUUCCUCAAACUUAUGCCCCUGCAGCUCAGAUGGAUCAUGGCAAGGGUGUAGCAUCCCUGAGAAGACAAUGGUCUGCUUGGCUCUUGAGGGUUGGGAUCAUGGCAAUGAUCAUGUCUGCUAGAGUAGUAUCUGAGGAUCAAACUGGAGUGCCACCCACAGGCAUGCUAUGUAUCAGUGACUGUGCUACAUGUCCUGUCAUUUGCUCACCUCCACCUCCACCAUCAGAGUACAAACCACCACAUUCACCCCCAUCCCAUCACUCCCCUGCCCCAGCUUACCACAGCCACUCACCGCCACCGCCAUCGUCACCAUCACCUCCACCUCCAUCUCCCCCUCCUCCACCUUCAUUUUACUUCUCAUGGGAUGCUCCACCCCCUCCUUUCAACUACAUAGGCAUCCCUUCAGGGCCAGCACCGCCUGCAAAGGGGCAGCCUGGUUAUGGCUACCCCUACUACUACUUUUAUGCCUCCAAUUCAUUCUCCCUCUCUUUCUCUGCUUUCUUCCUCUUUAUGGCAUUCUCCUUUCAUGUCAUGUUCUUUUGCUGGUGAGAAGUAGUGAGCUGUAAAUGCUGGACUAUAAAGCUUGAAGGUGAAAAGGCUACAAGGUGUAUUUCCAGAGGCCGGUAGAAAUAGGGGGAAAAGCCUUUGUACUUUUUCAUUUUGUUCAUACAAUUUCUGGUUUUGUUUCUUGCCUUUUACUCUCUAAAUAAUAUGAAACACAUUUCUCUUUUUUU